AUGUCGGACCCACUGAGCAUAGCAGCUGGCAUAGUGGGUGUCAUUACGGCUGCAGCUCAGAUGUCUGUACUUUUGACCAAGUUCACAAAAUCGACCAUCGCAGCGCCACAGCAGGCACAGGUCGUACUCACCGAGGUGAGCGACAUACGUGGAAUCUUGUCGCAUCUGCAGACAUUUCUUCUCGGGCCAGACUCACCUAACAGAUCAAGGACUUCCUUGCUCAAGGUGGAAAAGGUGGUGACCAUUGUCGGUGGCUGCGUGCAUACGUUCUCAGAGCUUGAAAGGCUGCUCGAUGAACUGAAGACGGAAGAUUUGGACGUGUUGGAUCGCUUGAAAUGGGCGAGAAAGGAGCCAGUGAUCGUGAGUCUUAUCGACAGGCUGCAGAACCACAAGGCAUCGUUAUCUUUGGUGCUCAAUAUUGUGAAUGGGUUUGUCCCUAUCCGCCAAGAGCUGUCGUCCGAGUGGGUGCUGAUAUUUCGUAGACACACGAUUGCCGAAGCCACAGACUCGGUGAGCCGACUGCACGAACUCGUAGAGCAAUGCUAUAAGGAAAUGUCAUCCAGAGUACAAGCACUGGAGAUUCUGGAUCUGCAGAGGAGGGGCGGUGCAGAUUGGAUGUCGGUAGACGAUACGGAGUCUCUUGCAACCAUCCAUGCACGCCCGCCUGAUUUGAGCUAUGAAGAAGCCAUUGGGAACGAAUUAUUACGCUUCGACUUCUCGGAUGAUUUACAAAGGUCUCGUGUUUAUAGGAGGAACCAGGCUUUUCGCAAGUCUGUCAUUUCCGCAUUAACGAACAGUGUGUACUCGCUGGGAUGGUCGUACUUCUCAGACUUGAGUAUGGCAGAAGUGUCAAACAUUUCGGUGAUAAACCUGGGGAUCACCGAGGAAGAAACUUACAAUCCUCAACGAUCCACGCAGACAUGGUCAGCCCAAGCAAACGAGAGGGCGUCUACCGGCCCUUACAACGAUGAUUACAGAGAUAGACAAAACACUCAGCUACAUAACGUCGUCCGUGAACCAAUUCCAGCAAAUAGUUCUGCAGCUACUCGGGGACGUCGGCCGGCGUCCACCCGGACACAGCAGCAAAGUCUCCACCGCCCUCGUUCUCUACCCCCGCCUCACCCAUUUGAGGAUCAUUACAGUCCUUUCCACUUGGAGGUGCAUUAUAUAUACAAGACCAGUGCAAAUAUUACUGAAGAUCCAGCCCCCAAAUCUAAUCUACCACUGGCGGGUCCCUCAGAUCCACUUCUAUAUUCACAACCCCAGAGUACCUCCUCACAAUCUUACGAACCAAUGGAAGACGAGCCAGCUUAUCCGUGUCGAGGUUGCGGGAAGGUAAUAGGAGAAUGGAGAGCGUUUGGACUUGGUGAACCAUACAUAUUCUUCAUCAGAUACUGUCAAGCUAAUGCAAAUGCAGAGGGCAGCCUUUGGCACCUUGACUGUUUCUGUUGCAACACCUGCGGUAUCAAUUUCGGCCCCGCUGCCGAUCUCGGCCCCCUCGGCGACGGGUCACUCAUCUGCAACAAUUGUACCCAUAGCUGUAGCGUCUGUAACAAGAAGAUAGAGGACCUUGUCAUUUUCACGGGCGACCAGACCUUUUGUGUAACAUGCUCCAAGUGUCGAAACUGCAAAAAGAAGAUCGAGAACAUGAAAUACGCUCGGACUUCGCAGGGAUUCUUUUGCAUGGAGUGUCACGAGUCGUUAAUGCAAAGACGUCGGAGGAAAACCUAG